AAAAAAAAAAAAAAAACAAAAAUUAAACUGAUAGGUCUUCCAUCUACAAGUUAGUUUGCCUAAAAUAAAAGGCAAGGUUUUUCCCCAUGUUGAAGUCCCAACCCUGCUGGUACAAAUCAAAUGUGUACAUGAUACUUCCGAAUAUGCAUUGAUUCAAGCAAGGCACAGGUAAAGCUACAAUUUUUUAAAAGGAACUCUUAGUAACAUUUCUGCAAUGGGCAGGGAUACAGACGUUUUGUGUUAUUCUUCAAGAUACAUCUCAGUGCAACGCACUCAGCGCCUCAGGCUAAAUUUUCCUCCACGUGAUUCUGUACCUACAGUGUCGCUGGGUGUUCCAACGAGUUUUAUGUGUUUGUACACAAAUGCUGAAAUAAAUUAGAGGUAAUGCUAUUUUCGUUUACAUUAAUGAUGCUUAACUGUCAUAGACUUAUUGUUAUUUGGCUUGUUUGCCUCCUAAACUCUCAGUGGGACGCGUAAAGGCCACUUAAAUUCGAAUAUUUCGCCCAGCGCGAGGGCGCGGUAAGACAAACCGGAAGUUGUUAGCAUUGUGGGACGUGUAGUUCCGCUCUCGAGCUGCGGGGCUUCGCGGCAGCGCGCGGACGAGCAAAACAAAAUGAAAUAACAGAAAACUUUUGAGCGCUUUUCACCGUCGAGGCUCCACGUCGAAACAAGCAUGCCCGGAUUCACGUGCUGCGUCCCCGGCUGUUACAACAACUCGCAUCGGGACCGCGAGCUGCGCUUCUACACCUUCCCGAAGGACACGGCGCAAAGGGAGAUCUGGCUGAAGAACAUCUCGCGGGCCGGAGUGAGCGGCUGCUUCAGCACCUUCCAGCCCACCACGGGCCACCGCGUCUGCAGCAUCCACUUCCCCGGCGGCCGGAAGACCUACAGCAUCCGCGUGCCCACGCUCUUCCCGCUGCGCGGGGUCAACGAGCGAAAGAACCGGAGGGGCAGGAAGGGGAAGGUGUCCGCCGCCCCUAUCAUCACCUCCGUGGUGUCUCUCGCAGCCGAGGGCAGCGCGGGGGAGGUGGGCGCCGGAGCUCUUACGGACAGCGGUGAAGCGGCGCAGGGAGGAGGCGGCCAGAACGGGCGCUCCUCCGCGGGCCCGCUUGAGCUGAGCGCCGAGGGGGACGGCUCCUCCUGCCUCACGGCGGUGCUCCCGCCGGGCUUCGCGGGCUCCACGGGCGGCUGCGACGUGCAGACGGCUACGACCUCCGCGGCCUCCGCGGCGCCGGUCUCGCAGAACCCCCGGCACGCCGCGGUGGAUCGAGGCGCCCUGGGUUCCCUGGACCAUCCGUACGCGCUGAGCACCGGCACCACGGCCGCCGAGCUGCUCAAGAAGCUCAACGAGCAGCGGGACAUCAUCGCGCUCAUGGAGAUCAAGAUGAAGGAGAUGAAGUCCACCAUCCGGCAGCUCAAAGUGACCGAGGCCAAGUUGCGGGAGGAGGUGCGGGAGCGGGACAUGAUGCUGUCCGGGGCGGUCGCACGCAAGAAGGUGUGAAGGAAGGAAGGAUGGAUGGAUGGAUGGAUGGAUGGAUGGAUAGAAGGUGGACGGACGGGCAGGCGAGCGAGUGAGCGAGCGAACGUGAGACUGGAGGGCUCGUGCCGCGCGCCGCGCGCGACUCCCUUUUUAAUAACGGAUAUACCAAACGAGCGGAGCCCUUUGUUACACCGCCGUUAGAACUGGUUUAGCUCGAAACUAGUCGUCCUUUUCCAGUUGCCUUUAGCUACCAGUGCGGCUUUGGCUACAGUGUGUACAGUACCGUACUUUACCACGUUUUCCCAUUACUUUAUCAGACUUUACCAUAGUUUUCCCUCACUUCUUGGACUUCGGCGCUUCUCUCCAGCGAACGGUGCCGCCGCACUGGAAAAAAAGAAAAAGAAUCCGCGUCGCUGUGGAUCGAUAAUCGUUUUUCUAGGGUGUGUAAGAGCAUUCAUUCCCUGCUGUCAUCCCACCACGUGUGUGUCUGUCAUUAAGACCUGAGCGGUCACACCUAUUGACCAGGGUUGUAUGAAGGUAAUAUGAUGAUGUUUAAACAUUUGUGACUUUUUUUUUUUCCUCUCCCUUUUCUUCAGUGUCUUUUUUUCCCCAAACAUUGUUGUUGUGUGUUCAGUUUUUUUUUUUGUUUACAUAGCAAAUAAUGCAAGCGUUUUGCAUUCUGUUCUGAUGUGCACUUAAGAGCCUAAGUACAUAUUAUAAAUAUGUUAAAAAAAGAGGCCGAGGCACCUAGGAUUUUGCUAGAUGCAUUUCAAUAAAAUCUAGAAAAUAACGCAGUGCUGUCCAAAUGUACAUGUAUCUGUGAUCUGCAACAUCUCACGCCCUCAGAAAGCGCUCGCAAUAUUUUUGUAUUUUUUUAAAUCUACUCUGCUUUGAUUCGUAUGUAUCAGUGUUUAUCCAUAAAAGUGAUCUAGAGGGGAUUGGGGUAAUUCUAUAUAUGCAAUCUAGAAGCAUUUUACAUUGUUGUAAGGAAGACUUUGAACCUACAUGUGGUUUUAAUAAAUCAGUAUGUGGGGUAUUGUAGAAAGCAUUCAUGAUUUUCCUUUCCUGUUAAGUUUCAUAGUUCGUUAAUACCAUAAGUACUACAUAAAUUAAUGGAGAUGUAAUGCUACACCAUUUUUGUGUGCCACAUAGCUGAACUCCAGUAUCAAGCUCUUGCCCUCUGUGAUAAGCUGUAAUUUCCUGUUUAGUCCUAUGCUUUGUAAUGCAUAUUUACAGUCCUUAAUACCAUGCCAUAAUGAACAGCAGAUUUUUUUUUUUUUUAGUAAAUUUAUUAUGAAGUGUUACAACUUGCAUUUACCUUAUGGUUUUCUCAAAGGCAACAGUGUUAAGGCAUCUAAAACUAAAUACCCAUUUAUACAGUUGGGUAG